AUGGCCGCCUCGCCCUCCCUCCAUGCCCCUCGCCUCCUCCCGCUCCUCUCGAACCCCGCCCCGAGCCUCGUCAGGCCCCGGCGCUGGCCGCGGAGGAGCCUCACGACGAUGAAGGCACAGGCGGUGCCACCGUCGCGGAACGGCAGCUCGGCGGGGACGGACUGGUGCCCGAUGCCCCCGGAGCAGCGGCCUGUGAACGAGUACGAGGCGCUGGCCGCGUCACUGCCCUUCUCCUGGGCGGUGCGGGACCUGGUGCUCUACUGCUCCCGCCUCGCCUUCACGGGGGCCACCUUCGCGCUCUUCCUCGGCCUCCUCGUCGCGGCCUUCGGCGGCGCCGGCGGCGAUGCCAUGCACCUCGCGCUCGGGCCCACCGGCUCCGGCAUCCUCGUCGUCACGAUCGCCGUCGUGCGGAUGUACCUCGGCUGGUCCUACAUCGGGAACCGCACGCGCUGGCUGUCGCCGGUGGUGGAGGAUUUCUGUUCCAGAAUGGGAGGAGAUCGGGGGAAAGAACAACCUGAGACAUUCCCCCUGCAGUUGACUCCGACGUGGUACGCUGUGUUGACACCGUCAUGA